AAACAUGUUGCAUUAGAAAUAUGGGUUGCACUUUCCCAGUGCAAAGGUCUCCAGGCCACGAUGGAUAAAUAUGUUUUCAACGAUGGGAGUGUGAGGGACUUGAUGAGCCUAACAGGAACCAUUCCUGUCACGUUUAAUGGUCAAACGUACAACAUCCCAGUGCAACUAUGGUUGGAGGAGAGUUACCCGAGGUCGGCUCCCAUGUGCUAUGUUAAACCUACCCAGGAGAUGAUGAUUGUGAGAAGCAGACACAUCAACAGCAAUGGAGAAGUCCUUCUACCUUACCUACAGGAGUGGAAACACGUUCACAACAAUCCCAGAGAUACACAGGGGCGAGUUCAGACCCAGGAACUUCCUACACAUCUUUGA